AUGAGCACAUCCACUAGUAUCAGAAAAAGAGCAAAAACCAAAACUGGCCAAAGGAUCGAAAGAACAAUUGUCAACAUUGUGGAACACAUAUCGCCGAUUAAGGGACCAGAAAAUGAAACAAGAGAUCAUCUUUCUAACGAGAGGACAUUGUUGGCAUAUAUAAGGACUGGUGGAAGUUUUAUGGCGAUGGGAAUAACAAUAAUUUUAUUAGGCCGAUUUUCUGUAACGGAAUCGAUUUCCAAGCUUGGAAAUCUUCAAAAUUUGGACGAUGGUGAGAUUAUCGACAAGCUUAAACACGAUGAAAUGGUGGUGGAUAAGUACUGUAAGCCAUCGGGCAUAGUUGUUGCCGUAUCCGGUAUUAUAACCAUCAUUUGUGGUGCCAUACGAUACACGAUUAAUUUCAAGUUGCUUGAUCAUAGAAGAAAUGUGUUUAUGAGUGGAUCAUUGUUCUCCUCGAUUAUAUUUUGUACAUUAUUGGUGGUAACAGUGCUUACGUUCAUUUUAAUGAGUGAGCUUUAG